AAUAUUCCGUGUGAUUCCCGUAUACUAUAUGUCACUCUAUUUCUACAUAAUUUAUGCCAAAUAUUUGGUUUCCGAUCGCUUUUACGACAAACGAGUGGUUGAAGUAUGCGAUGAGAAAUGGUGUAUGGUUCAUAAAUAUGAGGCAAGGAAUCGUUGGCAUAAUUAUCGUUACCCAAACACCACUUUCCAUGAAUUUCACAUUACUAUAUACCGAUAUAGUAUCGCACAUUUGUCGUCGAAAUACUUGAAACCAAUCCGUAAUGUACAGCAAACUUCAUACUUACUUCAUCCCAUUGUGGGCUACUAUUUGAUGGAUAUAUUCCCCAUUGACCCCCAAAUUGAUCACUUGCUCCAUCACAUAAUUGCUGGCCAUAACCGCACCGGUAGGCUCGACGAGGCAUUCUAUGUGGUGGACGUCGAGGAUAUGAUCGAUAAGUACCAGAGACUCCGGAAAUACUUACCGCGAGUACAGCAACACUACGCCAUGAAAUGCAAUCCAUCGCCGAUAGUACUCGAAGUAAUGGUCGGACUGGGGAUAAGCUUUGACUGCGCCUCC